AGUUUUCCAUGAAUAAGUCGCAAUAAGCAUAAAUAGUUUCGGAUAGGCAUUUUUAAACAAUCAGGUUCGGGUCUAAGAAGCACAGUUCCUAUUGACAAGUAACUUUAGGCGGGACAUUCGGGUACUGUUUGUUCUGCCAGCAGCCUUGGUAUAAAGUAUAAAAAUCGGACUCGUCUCGCAGUACUGUUUCCAGUUCGAUUCCAUGCAAUGGCCGCCGCAUCAGCUGUCGAUUGGCGAAUUCGGGCCGGAAAACAAUGCUGAAAACGAUGGUGGGAAUGGGAAUGGAGGUGAAGGAGCAGGUGGAGGCGAAGGUGGAGACAACCAGACCAGACCAAGCCAAGGCAGAGGCAGAGACAGAAAGGCUUCGGCAAUUAUUUUCGUUCCUCUUUGGCAACGCUUGAUGCGAUAUCGAAAAUGCUACAUCUGUGUCUCUAAAUAAUAAUCGGUUGGACUGAACGUACUUGAACCUCCCAAACUCAAUUUUAUUGCCCGGUUUUUAUUUUUGCGAUUAUUCCAUAUCCUUUUAAAAAUGGGCGAUCCUACGUCAGACGAUGAAAGUGGUUCAUCCGGAUCAAGUCGCAGUGGCAGCCGCAGCCGCAGCGCCACACCGCAAGGAGGAACUGCACCAGGAUCCCCAAAUAGCCGGAAGUCUGGAAGCGGGAGCGACCGCUCACGAUCUGGUUCUAGAUCGUCAAGGUCUCGUUCAGGGUCCGGUUCACCACGAAGUGCGAGGUCAGGAUCUGCUCACAGCAAGCGGUCAGGGUCGCGUCAGAGUCGUAGAUCGGGAACGCCUCAUAGCCGCAGAUCUGGUUCCCAACACAGCCGGAAAUCGGGGACUCCACAUAGCCACAGAUCCGGCUCUGCUCAAAGCGCUAGGUCCCGCUCCCGAUCUCAGAGUCGCAGUGGUAACGAAGAAUCCCGUUCCAAUUCACCGAACCUCCAGAUUGACGACGAACGUGCUAACUCAAAGAGCAAGAGUAGGAGUCGCAGCCGGAGCAGAAGUGGCAGCCAUAGGAGUGGGAGUCGCCGAAGUGGCAGUCACAGGAGCGGUAGCCAUAGAAGUGGUAGCCGUGCCUCCAGGUCCCGUUCGAAGACUGGGUCACCAUCAUCAAACCGUAGUCGCAGUCGAAGCCGAAGUGGUUCUGGUUCGGGCAGUGACAUAGGUGUUCCAAAAAAGAAGGUGCAACGCUCUGGUGGUUCCGAUCAAGAAAAACGGAAAAGCGGUACGGAUAGCGACAUGGAGGAGUCUCCAACCAAAGCCAAGAAAUCGCGGUUAAUUGAUUCGGACAGUGAGAGCGAUGCAGAUGAGGCAAAGAAGGCGGCGCCCGCAGCUGCAGACAUUUUUGGAGAUGCUGAUGAUAUCAGUGACGAUGAGGAAGAAGCUCAAGCGUCGGCCAAUAAGUCGCCAGCGCGUUCAAAGAGUCGCAGUAUGAGCAGGUCGCGAUCGCGUAGUCGGUCAAUGAGUCGCUCCCGAUCGAGGUCCAGAUCUCGUUCUCGGGACAGAGCUGAAGUCCAGGCGGAGCCCCCACCAAAAGAAGAUGAGCCCGAGCCUCAGCCAGAAACCAGAAUUGAUGUGGAGAUACCGCGAAUUUCAGCUGACCUUGGUAAAGAGCAACAUUUCAUCAAACUACCGAAUUUCUUGUCUGUGGUGACGCAUCCCUUUGAUCCCGAGACCUAUGAGGACGAAAUCGACGAAGAAGAAACUAUGGACGAAGAGGGUAGACAGCGCAUUAAGCUGAAAGUAAGCAAUACGAUCCGAUGGAGAGAGUUUAUGAACAACAAGGGCGAAAUGGUGCGCGAGUCCAAUGCACGUUUCGUUCGUUGGUCGGAUGGCAGCAUGUCUCUUCACCUGGGAAACGAGAUAUUCGAUGCUUACAGACAGCCAUUGCUAGGUGACCACAAUCACUUGUUUAUCCGCCAGGGAACUGGUCUGCAGGGCCAAUCGGUAUUUAGGACGAAGCUGACAUUCCGUCCGCACUCUACGGAGUCGUUCACCCACAAGAAGAUGACCAUGUCGCUGGCAGAUCGCUCCAGUAAGACCAGUGGUAUCAAGAUUCUUACGCAGGUGGGCAAGGAUCCUACCACCGACAGGUAUAGCCAGUUGAAAGAGGAGGAGGCUAAGCUUCGGCAGGCGAUGCGCAAUCAGCACAAGGUUGCUCCUAAAAAGAAGAAGGCAGGAGCUGGAGAACCGCUCAUUGGUGGCGGGACCUCCUCAUAUCAGCACGACGAUGGUAGCGACGAUGAGAAUGCUAUUAGUUUAAGUGCCAUUAAGAACCGGUACAAGAAAAACCCGGGUGGACCGCAAGCGGAGGUUAAAGCUUCCACAAUUUAUUCGUCGGAUGAAGACGAGGGCUCCGACUUUGAAGGACGUCGAAGCAAAAAGGUCAGGGACAAGGCAAAGGCCAGCAAAGCGCUUCGCGAUUCUGACAGUGAAUCGGAUGUUGGAAGUGUCAAGAGCGGAAAGAGUGGCAAGAGCGGUGGAGGAGCUGCCAGUGGUAGUGACCGCGAAGGAAGCCGCAAAAGCUCCAGUAGCAAAUCUGGCAGUGGCAGUGGAAGCGGAAGUGGCAGUGGAAGUGGUUCAGGCAGUGGGUCAGGAAGCGAUAAUGACGAUUAAGAUAUUUCUUUCGUUUUAAUUUGUUCAUUACAUCGCCCAAUAAAUAUAGAUUUAAAAUGUGAAAAAAAAA